AUGCCUCGGCUUUCUCAUGCUCUCCUGCGCAGAGCUUACAAUAUUUCGCCUUUAUUACCAUUAGUCCUCCAAGAAACACGCAGUCUUUCAUCUGCAAUUAAUGAAUUACGAUGGCUACGAGAAUAUGUUGAUAAAACGAUGAGCCAUCGUGUACCCAAUCAAAAACGGAGGACUUUGCUAAAACUCUGCCAAAGACGUGCUAUAGGGGAACCACUGCAAUAUAUACUUGGCACUCAGCCUUUUGGGGAAUUGGAAAUUAAAUGCCAGCCUGGAGUACUUAUACCUAGGCCAGAAACAGAGGCAUACACAACAUACCUAGCAGAACUUCUUAUCAUGGCAAAGCAUUCAUUCCACGAAAAAAUAGAAAAUCAGCGGAAUCCACUGAAGAUCAUUGAUUUUUGUUCCGGGACUGGUUGCAUUUCUCUUCUUUUAUACUCGCUUUUGAAUAAAGUAUAUCCUAGACUCGAGAUCGUCGGUCUAGACAUCUCCAAAAAAGCGCUUGAUCUAUCAAUUCAGAAUGUUCGUUUUAAUGCUCUGAACAGAUCUGCACAACAAAGGGUUCGUUUUGAAUUUGCUGAUGUUCUCCAAGACGAGGAAAGGAUCCUGGAUAUAUUUCAAGGCGUCUGCGAUGCAAUUGUGUCCAAUCCUCCAUAUAUAUCAGAAGAUGGAUUUAACAAAGAAACGACACGAUCAGUUAGAAAUUGGGAACCAAAACUUGCACUGGUUCCUGAUGCAUCGAGGCGGGAAACCAUACACUUCAAUGGUGAUUCUGGGAAUCGCUCUCUCUUCGAAGUGGAGGAUAUCUUUUAUCAUCGAUUGUUGCGAUUUCAUUCCCUUUUGAAGUCAAAAAUUCUUGUAAUGGAAAUAGGCGACGAGGCACAGGCAAAGAGAGUGGCCCAAAUGGCAAUUGGCUUUUCAGACAGGAUUGAAAUAUGGAGGGACUGGCCAGAUCAACGCGAGUUUGGAAACGAAAGUGCAGAAUGUAUGUUCCUUGCCAAUCACAAAAUAGUAGUCAAAGGCACUGGAAUGGUUAGAGCUGUCGUCUUGCUCUCCAAUCAAUAUUUUGAAAUAUAA